CCUCGCACCUGUGCCGCCGCUCAGUCCACUGCCGCCCGCGCCGGUGAGAGCGUCCCACGGGUGUCACGCGCGGUGUGGGUGCAGCCAUGGGUGCUAGUGGUCGGCCCAACGGCGCAGUGGCGGAGGGCGAGGCCAUGGAUUUCGAAACCCAGUACCGGGAGCUGUGCGUGGCGCUCUCCAAGCAGGGCCAGGUGACGAACCUGACCAAGGAGUUCAACUCGAUGACCUCGGACGAGUCGCGGGUGCGCUUUCUGCUGACGCUGGACUGCGUGCGCGCGCCAUCUCGUGAGCGCGCCUCGCGGCUCAAGUGUCCGGCGGAGAGCGGCCGACUGAGGUCGGCCGGGAACGCCGCCUACGGCCGGCGGGGCCAGGAGCGCGCCGCCCUGCAGCUGUACACGCAGGCCGUGCUGGCGGCGCCGGAGGGGGACGAGGCGCUGCCGCUGGCUCUGGCCAACCGGUCGGCCGUGCUGCUCAGCCUGGGACACCUGGGGCCGUGUCUGGCCGAUAUGAGCCGGGCGCUGCGGCACGGCUACCCGCAGCGGCUGCACAGCAAGCUGGAGCAGCGGCUGGAGAAGCUGCGGGAGCUGGCGCUGCGGGAGCCCUCCGCGGAGCUGCCGGAGACGCCGACCCUCAGCCCGGACCUCACCGACGAACAGGAGGAAACACUGGUCUCCGGUCGUUUCCGAGGUGCGGCUGCCCCGGCGCUGCCCUCGGUGAACCCGCUCCUGCCGUCCGCCUCUGAGGCUGUGGAAGUGCAGACCAAGGAGGGCCGAGGACGCUGUCUGGUGGCCGCUCGGGAUGUGGCGCCAGGGGAGGUUCUGAUGGUUGAGCAGCCGUACUGUGCCGUGGUGCUCCCGGAAGAAAGUAAACAGCACUGCCACCACUGCUGCCGCUGGUCACCGGCGCCUAUUGGCUGUCUGCACUGCGUAGAGGUGCGGUUCUGUAGCCGGCGAUGCCGCGCCGCCGCCUGGGAGCAGUACCACUCGGUCGAGUGCCCCAUCUACGGCCACCUGGUGGCUCUGGACGCUGGUCAGAUGGCGCUGCUGGCGGUCCGCUCGGUGGUGGUGGCCGGCUGGCAGCGGCUGGUGGCCAGUCAGGCGCAGAGCCGCGCCCCACUGCCCCCAGAGUACCGCUCUGACGACUACCGGCGCGUCCGUGACCUGGAGGGGAACGUGUCCGCGCGCCCGGCGGCCGACCUCUUCAAACGCGCCCUGAUGGCCGUCCUCCUGGGCCGGCUGCUGACCGGCAGCAGUCUGGUGCCGGCAGAGAUGAGCACCAACGCUGGCACCAGCACCACUAGCAACGGCACCAUGAACGGCGAUAGCAACGGCACCAGCAUUAUCACCAGUAACGACAUCAGCACCAUCUCGGGCGCGGCCAAGCGGGCGCUGGUGACGGUCAGCGCGGAGCUACUGCGCCACCUGCAGACGUACCCGUGUAACGCGCACGAGGUGUCGGAACAGGUGCUGCCCGGCGGCGGGCUGGCCGGAGCCACCACUCGGCAGACGGGUGCAGCCGUGCUGCCGGCGCACAGCCUCACCAACCACUCGUGCGACCCCAACGUGUUCCGCGGCUACCACGGCACGACUGCAGUGCUGCGCGCGCUGCGUCCUCUAGCCAGCGGAGAGGAGCUGUGCGACAAUUACGGCUACCACUACGCCCUAAUGCCGCGCGAGGAGCGCCGCAGGGGCCUCGCCCGCCAGUACUACUUCGUCUGCCAGUGUACGGCGUGUGUGGCCGACCUUCCCACGUACCCCGACAUCCCCAGCGGGCCGCCGCGGCCCGUCUGCCGCACGUGCGGCGGAGAGGUCGCCACGUGUGGUCACGUGGCGGACGUGGCGGCGUACACGGCUGACGUGGCACGUGCGGCGGGUCAGCUGGAGGAGGCGGUGGCCGAGGUUCUGCACGGCGAGGCCAGUGCAGAGGUCAGGGGCCGGGUCGGUCGGCUGGUGACCCUCCUGGACAAACGCGUGGCGCUGCCCUGGAGAGGCCUGAAUGAUGCGCAGGAGGUGUUCAAGAUGUGCUAUCUGGUCGAUGGCGAUGUGAGUCCUGGUGCUGAGGGCACUGAUUGCUAAACGCAGAGUCAUAGUUGUGAUAUGUUACCCAAGUUGUGUUGUUGACGUUUGCUAGGCGCUUCGUUAGAGCUAAACAUACGGAUGCUGCAUUAGUCAGUUUGUGAUGACUGAUGAAUAUGGCUGUCUUUCUAACCCUUGUUGUAAUUAUUACCGUUAUUAGGUUCAUUACCUACCUACGUGUUAUCAUGAUGUGAAAUAUAUCUUCACUGAAC